CUUAAGCGUCCAGCAUUCGCACUUCGGAAACGAAACGAAAGAAACCUCAGCGUUAGUUUGUUCAUUUCGAAAAGUCUCUCCUUCCCGUUGUCACGCGCUAAAAAUAUCUUUCUACGACCAUUGGAGGGUAUACCAUGCCGAAAGAAAAGAGGAAUUAGGUCGAGAAAAGUGAUUCAACAUUAUCCUGGAAUUGUCAUGGAAAGGCUAUCGAAAAUCGCAUGUUAUUUUCGUUGGUUGAGGAGUCCGCCUUCGCCACCACCACCACUACUACUACAACCACCAUCACCAUCGGUGCCAGUAACAACCGAAGCAGCACCAGCAGCAGUAGCAUCGUCAUUGUUGCCUUCCUGCGAUGUAACAAAGAUGAGCCUCGAGGCCGAUUCGACGAGGAAUUCGCCCGUCGUCGACAAAGAUUAUGACGACGAGUGUCGCAAUAAUAUUUGCGACAUCGAGGCUUUGAAGAGAUUCUGCGGGAUUUUGGAGAAUAUCCUUCUAUGGGAAAACUCUGUUAAUAGUAUAACAGUUGUGUUUGUGUUCAAUAUACUCUUUUGGGGGAUAGUUAUUCUAGAGAUCCGAGGCUUUGCAGUAGCCAGCAGUGCUGCGCUUGUCGUGGUUCUCUGUUAUAAAAAUCUGGAAGCACAGGCAUAUGAAGAAAACAAGAAAAAAUUAGUAUCACACACCAAGGCUGAACAGAUUGAAAAGAUAGGAAGAAAAAUAAAAUCCGUUUUGCAGAGCUUAAGACAACUACGGAAAGAUCAGCCAGGGACGUUUUGUACUGCUGUUUGUACUAUAUCCUUGGGCCUAUGGAUAAUUGGUCGUACUAUGAAUGGAGUAUUACUUGCUUAUAUAAUAUGUAUGAGCAUUCUACUAGUACCUGCAUUAUUACUAAAGCUACCUGGAAAAGUAAUAUCACAUAAAGAAUGGGAUAGUGAAGUGGAAGAAUUUUUACCUAUAGUCACUGAAGAUAAUCUUCAAGUGUUAAAAAGGGCAGGAGAAUCAGGUGACCAUUCUCCAACACCAUCAAGUUUGCAAUCAGAUAUACAAAAUGAUUUUUUUAAUGAUGACAAACUUGUAGAUUUAAGAAUGCCAUCUCACGAAGAUGAAAGUAUUGAUGAAGUUGAACUCUCAGAAUUGGAAUUUAGUGUCGAAGAGACAGGUAUAGGUGGCAUUAAGUUUCAAAGCAGACAUUUUGAGAAAGGUUCAUCCUCCGAAGAAGAAAUAGAUUUUAGACAUGAAAUGUUAAAUAAUAAGUUCAAUUUAAACGAUGAGAGUGAUAAUGAAUUUGAAAUAAUUGAUAGACAGGAAGUUGCAAAUAUAAAUAAUGCAUGAAGAUAUCUAGAAUUUGGAUAUACUUUUAAAACUGUGACAUACAUAAAAAAGAAAUGGGAUAAUACAAUUAUGUCUUAUAUAAAUAUUGGCUUGCUUCUUUUUUAUAGAAAUCGGAAAAAUAUUUUUGUUAUCAUUAACACGCUCACGAUUUGCAUGUAUUUUUAAAAAAUCAUUACAUAUGAAAAAAUUAUAGAUAAUUCUAUCAAAAUAUUACUAAAAAUCAUUAUUUUUAUGCUAUGUACAGAUACAACAAAGUAAAAUUUAGAAACUGUACAAUAAGGUGUAGAUGGAGACCCUUCUGUGAUCUAGACUUAACAAUCAAACGUUGAAUUGAUACAUACUCAGAUACAUUUUUUAGAUGCUAUGAAAAAUAUUCAAAGAUAAAAUCGUAUGAUAUAAAGAAUAAAAACAGACGGAGGAUAUUAAAAAUUUGAAGUUAUUUUAAUUGAAGAUUAAUCAAUAUGUUCUAUAAUUUGGAAGGUAAAUUUAGCACAUUUUAUUUCACACAAAAAAUAAUUAUAACUAUAAAUUGUCCAACGAUACAAUAUUUAUGAAUUACGUAUCUCUUUGGAAGAAAAUUCUUUACAAUAUACGUUCUCUGAUAUGUAUUAAUAACAAUACAAGAAAGAAAACAUCUUUAUAAUAAUAGUAAACAAACCAAUUCAUGUAUUUAUAUAUAAUUAAUAUAUAUUUGUCACGGGUGAGCUCCAUAAAGCACGUAUCAUUGUUUUGUAAAUUACAAAUAUUGUUUUUUCGUAUCUAUAAAAAAUAAUAGUGCUAAAUAUUUAACAAAAAGAGAAAUAAGUGAUUAAUCAGUUAACAAGUUUUCACAAUGUAUUUUAAUUUUCAAAAUAUAUUCAGGAAUAUAUUAGGUUACAAAACAUGAUAUAUCAUUAAAAAAAAAAAAAAAAAAAAAAAAGAAAAAAAAACUUUUAGUAUAUAUUAACAUUUAAUCAAUUGCAAAUAACUGAUAAAAUAACAUGUAUUAUCUUCAAAUAUUUUUCAGUUAUGCAUUCAAAAUAUUUCUAGAUUAUUUUGUAAGUUUUACGAUUUUUGAACCGUUUGUUAACUGCUCAAUUAUAAUUUGAAAAUUGUUAUACAUUAUAACAUUACGAUUUUGUUAUUAAUAUUUUUUAUAUAGCAGAAAAUCUCGUGUAUAUAUAUAUAAAAUAUUUCUAAUUAUUGUAUUGUGUAAAUACGAUGCUCCAUAAGCUAGAUGGGAUUAAUCUUCUAGUUUUAGAAUUCAAAUGAAAUAUUCGAAAUGAAUGACAAUUUGUUGAGAUAAAAUUUAAGACUGAAUAUAAUGGAUAAUAUAUCCAUAAUUGAGUAAAUUUUAAUUGAAUUCCAAAUUUUAAUUUCAAUUUUAAGAAUAAUUUUUCUUUGUAAUGAUUUUUUUAUCAUUAUCUUUUUGUUUGCGGUAAACAGACGGUAAAAACAAUUCGUAAUAUAAUUUUAUAUUCUUUAUUCAUUGAUACAUGAUUAUUUUAUGAGAAAUACUUUUGGUUUUGUAUGUUUCAUCGAUUAGUGUUUCUUUUUAAAAAAUUAUGUCAUUCUAAUCCUUUUUAUUAUAUGAAUUAUUUUGCAAAAAUUAAUCUGAAGACAAUAUAUUUUUAUUUAGCUUAUUAUAAGUAAAUCACUUGGUAAAUCACAAAAUUAUCUUAAUCUAUACAUUUUAUUCUCUAGUAUAGAAAUCAAGUAUAAUAUUAAAAUCGUAUUGUAAAUCUGAAAUGAUAAUCACAAUUGCAAAGGAUUGAAUAAAAUUGAUAAAUGAUCUGACAA